AUGAAGUCGAAUAUCCCGCACUGGCUGUCUCUUUGUGUCGCCGCACUAGCUGUUCUUUGCAUCGCCAAACCCGUACAGCAAAAGCCUCUUGUCAGCGUGGACGUUAUAGUCAAAAAAGACAAGGUCCCCGGCCACAACAAUGCUAUAUAUGAUACUGUGCCAAAAGAAGACCAGCUAUUAGAUAUCGAAUUCCUUGAGAUUGCCCCGACGCCUAUUGUCGCCGACCGCGUUUUUUUUGUCUAUCUGCGCGGCGAUUUAUCUGAAUCCAAAAAGAAGAAACUAGGACUCUUUGAUAUAGUUCUUAUCGAUGCAACUCUCUCUGUGAGCGCCUCUGUUAUUUACCCGGAUGGUAGCUACAUGGAACCAAGGUCCCUUACAAUACCGUUAAAAACCAUUUCUAUCAACGAUGCAGCCCAUCUUAUCAUUCGCGAUUCCAAUGGUAUCCAGGUUGACUACCUAUCUAGUAGUGGGCGCAACGAUAUAUUGCUAGAUUUCCAAAUUCCUGCAAUGUUUUUGAAGAGCGGUAUGUGGACUUUUAAAGUCGAUGGCAGACUUGGAGAUAAAGACAAUUUAUGUCUAUUUGCUAUGUCGUUGACACAAUGGUUAGACGGGGGGCUUUGA